AUGAACAACGAUAUCCGAGUCCACCACAAGCUCCACGGCCCCAACAUCGAUGUUGUUGCCGCCAUUCUUGAGGGUCGCCCUCCCCAGUUCGCGCACGCCGAUGCACAGCCUGGGUUUGACUGUCUGAUUGUUGUCCUUCGGCGCAUCUACAGUCAUGUAAUGCUUGACCUCGUCCCGCCUCCAGCGUGGAUGCAGGCUUCAGAGGAAGCGAACCCGAUCUUGCGCCUGGCUUGGCACUUGUUCGGCGAUGAUGUCGUACAGAGGGAGGAGGCCAUAAAGGCCAGACAUGAAGCCUUCGGGGCUCUCAAUGCCAAGGGCAUCUCCCACAAGUCCUCUUUCGAGGAGAUCUGUAGCUCGUCACUCAUGAACAAGACCUUCUGGUCGCAAGAUGAGUUCCGCCUCACAGACAUCCUCCAUUGCAUUGACACGGGUGCAGUGGCUGAUGGAACUCCAGAUGACAUUGCCAGCACAAGUCUGCUGGAGCUCAAUCACGUUGAGACACCCGGUAGAACUUUGCAAGAGGUCGUCGAUGACUCCUUCGGUGUUAUCACUCACAAAGGGAAGCAAAUCCUGUCAAGGCCAAAUGAUCCAUGGAUCGUGCGUGUUACUUACACGCCCGACUCUAGUGAUACAGAACGCUUCGACUUGAACAAGCUUAGAACCCUUCACUUACCCAUAUGGAAACUGGAUGAGCAGGAUCCUGACAUCUCAUAUCUAAACGUGGGGAAGAAUGAAUACUUUCUUCUGGCUGUUGUUCGCCUCAGGGAUAACAAGCAUCCUGGAGAGUACGUCCGUACUUAUGGGAUACACGGUUCCAACAUUGUUGGUGAGCGCCAGCCACCUUCUAUUGUUAACCACGACUGGUCUGUUAAGGAUGGGCAUGGAAAGUACAUGCUGUUCUAUGGAUUCCAGACGAUGAAGAGUGCGGGAGACCCCAGACGUUUCUCAGAGGUCGCCCCCCCAACCUUGACAGACAAUGACGCCAAAAGGAUCUCGACGAUUGAUCGUCACCUGAAGGACUUGUGGAAGUCAAGCCAGGAGCAGAAAGCUCAGCCGACGCCCCCAACGUCGUCAGCUACCCAGGUACAUCAAAACCAGCCUUCGCAGGAUGAUGUAGACAAAGCUAUGCCGGAGCCUCCGAGCCAACAGGAACCAGCAGACGCUCAGACUGCCACAGGUAGCCCCCGUAUACGGGCGGCACAAACAAGCGAAGGUGAAGUUUCCAAGAGACGCAGCCGUGGCAAGAGGAGGGGCAAAGUUCAAGGAGAUACAGGACUCGGCAGUGGCGAGCCACCUGGUUCACCCAAGACAGCACCUCAGCGAAAGGGCAAACCAGACCGAUCCGAAGCUUCGCGCGAUGCUCGCCGUGAUGCGGCAUAG